AGGAGCUUGGUUUCAACAGGUUUAAAUUUCGUGUUGUUCUGUGUAUCUGUGUUCUAACUUCUGUGUCUGUGUGUCUGAGAUUUGUGAGGAACAAUCGUGUCAUUUAGUCGCUCGGCCAGGUAUGCUCACCGCGUCACAGUGAACCAAUAUCAAUCCAUCACCAGGACACGUUCACAUCUUGCAAGAUUUUGGCUGCAAUCAAGACGGGAAAAUGACAGUGGUAGUAUUGGACCAGGAUUAUGUGAUUCUUUGCACCUUGGUGACCAUAGGCAUGCAAAUGAGUUUCUUCAUUAUAGCAGCAGCAUUCAAAUUUGACAAAGUUACAGACUUUGCUGGUGGAACCAAUUUUGUCGUGUUGGCAAUUCUGACAUUCGUUCUCGCACAGACCUAUGAUACACGGCAAAUCAUUGUGACGACGUUUGUGUGUGUGUGGGGGAUAAGAUUGUCUGGCUACCUGCUGUACAGAAUAUUGAAGAUUGGUGAGGACAGACGUUUUGAUGACAAGCGGGAAAAUUUACUGAAGUUUGCCGCUUUCUGGAUAUUUCAGGCGGUCUGGGUGUUUACUGUGAGUUUACCAGUUAUUUUCGUGAACACUCCAAGAAAUUCACAAGUGAACAACACAUCUAUUCCAAACGUCUUUACUCCUAAUGACAUCAUCGGCAUGGUUAUCUUUCUCUUUGGUUUACUGCUUGAAUCAGUUGCUGAUAUUCAAAAGUUCAACUUUAGAAAUGAUGAAGCUAACAGGGGCAAAUGGUGUGACACAGCACUAUCCUCACGAUCCUGUCAUGCUCCUCUGGGGUUUCAGCGGCGAUAA